CCGGGCUGGGCUGGGCUGGGCUGGGCUGGAGGCGGCGGCGCUGCUUCUUCCUCCUUCCUCUCCCCUCAUGGCGGCCGAGCUGGGCCAAGAGGCCGAGGUGGCGGAGCUGCAGCGGCUGGUGGCGGCCGAGGAGCAGCGGGCGCGACUCACGGCCCAGGUCCACACCUUCAUGGAGGCCUGCUGGGAGAAGUGCGUGGACAAGCCCGGCUCCAAGCUCGACUCCCGGACCGAGACCUGCCUGGCCAACUGCGUCAACCGCUUCAUCGACACCACCUUGUCCGUCACCAACCGCUUUGCGCAGCUCAUGCAGAAGGGCGGCCACUGACCCGGGCCCCGGCAGGCUCUGGGAGGGGGCCCUUCCCUGGUCAGCCUGAGGAAGAGCCGGUUGGCUGCCGAUUGGCCCUCGGUUCCCCGACUGGCAAGAGAAGGAGACUUGGUGGAAGAAAUGCCCGACUAAAUCAGGAGGCCACUCCAAGCAAGUGGACUUGCAAUAUUGGACCGUUUUCCUCCCUGCCUGGCAGGAGAAAUAGGAGUAAUUGCACCCAGAUGGUGUUAAACAAGCUCACUUAUCCAAUUGAAGGAGUCUUAAUAUUUCCGUUAUGCACAAGGGGAUGUAAAGAUUCAGUCCAGUAACGUUGUGCACAGAACGAUUUGGCUGGAUCCAAAGCUGCUGUCAAUAUCAGCAUGAGAAAAAUGUAAUUUAUUCUCCUUUACUGGGAGAUGGAUCAAACAUUUACUUUAUCCAGCUAUGGGGUAUGUUUGUACAAAAUGAAAAUCCAUCAUUAAAUGGAGAAUGGUUUCUUGAAUAA